GCUUGACGGACAAUGAGGGUGGCAGGGCGGCGCUGAGCGGCGGCGGCGGCGGCGAGCGACGCGGAGCCCGGGGGCGGGGUGGGGCACCAGCCAUGGACAAUCAGUGCACUGUCCAGGUCAGGUUAGAGCUGGGGCAUCGUGCCCAACUGCGUAAGAAGCCCACCACGGAGGGGUUCACCCACGACUGGAUGGUGUUUGUCCGUGGCCCUGAGCAGUGUGAGAUCCAGCACUUCGUGGAGAAGGUGGUCUUCUGGCUGCAUGAUAGCUUCCCCAAGCCCAGACGUGUGUGCAAGGAGCCCCCCUAUAAAGUGGAGGAGUCGGGGUAUGCUGGCUUCAUCAUGCCCAUCGAGGUGCACUUCAAAAACAAGGAGGAGCCUCGAAAAGUUUGCUUCACCUACGACCUGUUCCUGAACCUGGAGGGCAACCCGCCCGUGAACCACCUGCGCUGCGAGAAGCUCACCUUCAACAACCCCACCACUGAGUUCCGGUACAAGCUCCUGCGGGCUGGCGGGGUGAUGGUAAUGCCCGAAGGAGCAGACACGGUGUCCAGGCCCAGCCCUGACUACCCCAUGUUGCCCACAAUUCCACUCUCUGCCUUCUCUGACCCCAAGAAGACCAAACCGUCCCACGGCUCCAAGGAUGCCAACAAGGAUUGCAGCAAGGCCUCCAAGCCACACAAGGUAACCAAGGAGCACCGUGAACGACCCCGCAAGGACUCAGAGAGCAAGGGCUCCUCCAAGGAGCUGGAGCGCGAGCAGGCCAAGAGCUCCAAGGACACCUCGCGGAAGCUGGGUGAAGGCCGGCUCCCCAAGGAAGAGAAGGUGCCUCCACCCAAGGCUGCCUUCAAGGAGCCCAAGAUGGCCCUAAAGGAGACCAAGCUGGAGAGCAUGUCCCCCAAGGGGGGUCCCCCACCCCCACCCCCACCCAAGGCUUCCAGCAAGCGGCCAGCCACCUCAGACUCACCAAAGCCCAGCGCCAAGAAGCAGAAGAAGAGCAGCUCCAAGGGGUCUCGGAGCACCCCAGGCACCUCACCCCGUACCUCCUCAUCCUUCUCAGACAAGAAGCCGGCCAAAGAUAAGAGCAGUGCCCGAGGGGAGAAGGUGAAGGCUGAGAAUGAGCCCAGGGAGGCCAGGAAGCCCCUGGAGGUAGAGGAGUCCAACUCGGAAGAUGAGGCCUCCUUCAGGUCAGAGUCUGCCCAGUCAAGCCCAUCCAACUCCAGCUCCAGUUCAGACUCCAGCUCGGAUUCCGACUUUGAGCCGUCUCAGAACCACAGUCAAGGACCCCUGCGCUCCAUGGUGGAGGACCUGCAGUCGGAGGAGUCCGACGAGGACGACUCUUCGUCAGGCGAGGAGGCUGCUGUCAAGACAACCGCAGGGAGGGAUUCCAGGUUGAGCUUCAGUGACAGCGAGAGUGAUAAUAGCGCUGAUUCCUGCUUGCCUGGCCGUGAGCCCCCACCCCCCCAGAAGCCACCCCCACCCAACAGCAAGGCAUCAGGCCGGAGGAGCCCUGAGUCCUGCAGCAAGCCUGAGAAGACCCUCAAGAAGGGCACUUAUGACAAGGCCUACACUGAUGAGCUGGUGGAGCUGCACCGGAGGCUGAUGGCCCUGCGGGAGCGCAACGUGCUGCAGCAGAUUGUGAACCUGAUUGAGGAGACUGGCCACUUCAACGUCACCAACACCACCUUUGACUUCGACCUCUUCUCCUUGGAUGAGACGACCGUGCGCAAGCUGCAGAGCUAUCUGGAGGCUGUGGCCACAUGACCCGGGGCUGGGUGCUGGCCCCCUGCUGCCAGGGUCCUGGGAGGCCACGGCCAUGCCCUGCCUGCCCUUCUCUCUCUCAACUGGCCUGCCCGCAGCACUGCCUUAGUGACCGCCCUGUCCUCGGCCCUCACAGCCAGCUGCACUUUCCUUGGUGGCUCCCUACCCACCCUCUUCAACUUCUGGGGCCGAGGGGCUAGGCCAGCACUGCUGUUCCCAGCCACACACGAGCUGUCCCUCAGACUCCCCUUGGAGAGCGGCUUGUGUGAAAGGCAGCUCUGGUCCUUGCUCCCUGAAGGGGAAGAAAUGGGCAUGGAUGGGGACCCUAUCCCAGCCUUAGGACCAGCCCCUGCUCCACGGUGGGCUGUGUGGCAUGGUUUCACUGCCUGGGCCUGAGUAGCUGGACCAACUGCCAGGAGCUAUUUCUAGUCUCCCUGAAUGGUUCAGAACAUGUCCCCACCCACCAGGACCUCAUAAGGCCCUGACUGUGUGUCUGCGUUGUUUUCAUGUGUAGACUGAGGGCAGGCGUCACUGCUGGCUCUCCGUGCUAGGACUCCGUGCUGUGUCGUUCUCUCUGUAUUAUAUACAUGUGUGUGUUCUGUCUGUGCAAGAGUGGUUUCGGGUGUGCAUCUGGGCAGCAGUGCACGUAGGGUGGGGUGGGGGGCUGAUAAGGUGGGGCUUGUAGGUUAAAAUGUCUCCACAGGUCUUGUGGUCAGGCUGGAGGCCGAGCCAGGAGCGGCCAGCCCUCUGAGACGAAGGGAGUAAUCCUUUCCUCUUUGUGGUUCCAAGGGCACUGCUGCCACCUCCCGCCAGUCCUCCCUGGACAGUAAAUGCUACAUGGGGUCAGCGAGUCCUUAGGGCACCGGGAGCUGAAAUCUCCACUCUGGGUGUCUUUGUGCCCCCAUGGUCUCCAGGGCCAGACUUGGCACCAUGGGGCUCUUCCCACAGGAUCCUCUUCCUUUCCUUGAUCAAGUCUUCGAACUUUGAAAAAAAAUGAGCUUUUGCCAAAUAAGAUGGGAUCAUUUGUGGAGUUUCUGAGGCACAUCUGACUCUGAGUCAGCUCCUCUAGCAUGGGCCUCGGCCAUGACAGGCCAGGUCACUUGGCUGGAUUGGCCCCCCCAGGCUGCCUUUCUCUCCACUGUGGCCCGGCCUGGCCCACCCCGCACUGCUGCAGCCCUUGCUGGUGCUGAGCCUGGGGACUCACUCCUGUAUGCCUGAGGCUCUCCAAUGGCUGGCCGGUCCUGCUCUGCUCCAGUGCCCCCUUCCAAGGCCAGGGGGCCCUCAUGGGGCCCACCUUGGCAUGGCUUCCAGUCACCUCUGUUAUUUAGUCACCUCUGUUUCCCUAGACCUUGACUUGAGUAUCCUCUAGCUCCCACCUCCUACCCUCUGACUUUAGAGUCAUUUCAAGUCCUCCUGCCCUGACCAAAAUGGGGAGGAGAACAGCCCCAUAUGGGCUGCCUUCUCUCAAACCUCACUCCCGGCAUGUGAAUUUAGCCAUGGGCUGAGGGACUCCAUCAUCCCCCCCACCCAGGUCCCUAAUCUUGUCUGUGCUCUGAUUCUGUCUGGCAGGCACAAUCUGAACACUCCUUGGGCAGCUCCUGUCUCCAAGGCUUCCCCCAGCACCAGUUGUCUGGGAACACCCCAGAACUCUGGGGAAGGGCCUGCGAUGUUGGUGGAAGCCUCUGGAACUCCUGGCCACCAUGCUGCCUCUCCCAGUCCCACAGCCUUCAGGUGCCAACAAGAAAGAGGCAAGCUCCCGCCUCAUCCCCUUCCAGGCAGGCCAAUAAUACUCCAAAGUGGACCUUCUUCUCUUCUCUGGACACCCUUUAAGACAUCGGACAGAAGGAAUUGGCCUGUGAUGGGCGGAGUGGCGGCAGCUGCUCUACCCUCUGUGCACAGAGGCUGCCAGGGAUCUCGGACCCUUGGGCUUUCUCUUUCACAGGAUCCCCCAGGAUUCACAGUGACAGCUAUGUGAGCAGCCUUCGCUCAACUGGAGGAGGGCCAGGCACACCUGCCUGCCCUCAGCAACAGUGUCUGGCCCUUCCUGCUGUUUCCAUGGCCCCCGGAAUCACCAACUCCUGUCUCAGUUACCUCCUCCGGCCAGAAGGCCCCACCACUGUCCUCCAGAGCUGCUCUGGGCCCAGGGCUGGCUCCAUGGCCACCUAGUGGACAUACUGGGCCAUCAGGCCCUGCCCACCCCCACUGCCUGGUGGCUGGGCCCAUAGGGCUUUGGGGACACUUCCAUAGGAAGGGGCCCGGCACUUUGUGAUUGCCAUGUGUUUUGUGUUAAGCCGCCUGCCCCCAGUGCAACCCCUGUGUUUUACUCUCCUGAACAAAGUGUAAACCAACGCCGAAAAGCAAAUGGUAUCGAAUACCUUCAUUACCCAUAAGGGUUUUUACAAAGAAUGUGUCUCACUAGGAACUAGGACACUUCAACCUGAGACCAGCUCCUGGUUAAAAGGAAUAAGGAGAACUGCGUUUGUAACUGAGUUACAGGAUUGUUUCUGUCCUGGAUUUUAAACUUUUUUGUUAAAUUGUGAAAUUAUGGAGGAGUUUUAUAGAAAAAAAAAGUGAAAUAAAGUCAGAUGGUAAAGCAGA